AGACAUUCACGGCGGAGGAGCUGGAGGGGAGGUGGACUGGAACGCAGCCGCUUAUUCACUGCACGAAGGAGCAGCAGCAGCAACAGCCAGAGCAGCUGUCAUGUGAAUCAGCUGGACGAACAAGGAAGGGGAUAAACAACAACACUCUCUCUUUCUACUUCAAGGUUUUAUCUGGUGAGGCGGCAGGAUGGCGGGAGCAGAGGUGUACACCCCUGCAAACCCCACCUGCAAGAUUAUGACCUUCAGGCCCACCAUGGAGGAGUUCAGGGACUUCAACCAGUACCUGGUUUACAUGGAGUCUCAGGGUGCACACCGCGCAGGCCUGGCCAAGGUCAUUCCUCCUAAAGGUUGGAAGCCCCGUCGUACCUAUGAUGACAUAGAUGACCUGAUGAUCCAUGCUCCCAUACAGCAGAUGGUGGCUGGCCAGUCUGGGCUCUUCACUCAAUACAACAUCCAGAAGAAGCCUCUUAGUGUGCAGGAGUUCAGGCGACUAGCGAACAGUGACAUGUACUGUACACCCCGCUACCUGAAUUAUGAAGAUCUUGAGAGGAAAUAUUGGAAGAAUCUCACGUUUGUCUCACCAAUAUAUGGUGCGGAUGUCAGUGGCAGCCUCUAUGAUGAGGAUAUAGAGGAGUGGAAUAUUGGCCACCUGAACUCCAUCUUGGAUGUUAUUGAGGAGGACUGUGGCGUUUCUAUCCAGGGAGUCAAUACUCCAUAUCUAUACUUUGGCAUGUGGAAGACCACAUUCUCCUGGCACACUGAAGAUAUGGACCUUUACAGCAUCAACUACCUCCACUUUGGCGAACCCAAGUCCUGGUAUGCUAUCCCCCCUGAGCAUGGGAAGAGACUGGAGCGUCUGUCUACAGGUUUUUUCCCCAAUAGCUUCAAAGGAUGUGAGGCUUUUCUUCGUCACAAGAUGACUCUAAUCUCCCCCUCCAUAUUGAAGAAGUACGGCAUUCCCUUUGAUAAGAUUACUCAGGAAGCUGGAGAGUUCAUGAUCACCUUCCCUUAUGGCUACCAUGCUGGCUUCAAUCAUGGCUUUAACUGCGCAGAGUCUACCAAUUUUGCUACUUUACGAUGGAUAGACUACGGCAAGGUGGCCACACAGUGCUCAUGCAGCAAGGACAUGGUGAAGAUAUCUAUGGAGCCUUUUGUGAAGCGUUUUCAGCCUGACCGUUAUCCUAACUGGAUGGUGGGCAAGGACUCGACAACAAUUGAUCACACACUUGCCACUCCCAGUACAACACCGGAGCUGCAGACCUGGUUGCAAGGACGCAAAACCAAACCUUCUAAUAAAAGCAGUAUUCUCCCUCGUAUGCGCUCCAAGCGCCUCAGAACUACACAGGAGCCUGUUGGCCUUAAUGCCAGUUCAACACAGAGCAGCAGCAAGAGGAAAGGCCUCGGUGGUUCACCUGCACCAAAGGUGCGAAGGUCUGCAGCAGCAACAAAGUGCAGGGAGGAUGACAAAGGAAAGAAAAAGGAGCCAGAGUCAAAGCACAACCAGAAUCAGAUCUCUGUUCAGCUCUCUGAUCCAUGCAGACAGAUGUGUGUGGUAAAGGUAAACCGUGUGGAGAGUAAUAUUUUUGGACUUUCCAACAAGGAGCCAUCCCAUAAUCUCCUUUGCAGUCCACCUCCUUCCCCUGCAUCACCAGUAAAGACUGACCUCAAGGCAGAGACAGUCACUCAUAUUGACCCACAGCACCUCUCAGGGUCAGGAGUGCCAAGCAGGACGUCCAAAGGACUCUGGCCUGAGGCGACCCAGAUGCAGCCCAGCAUUAAUGAUUUCAGGUGUUGCUCUGUUGAACCACAAGAACUCUCAAUUUCUCAGGACUGCUUAUCACACGAAGUCCCUCACCAGGAGGCCGACUCACUACGCUCAACCUCCCACUCUACAAGUACUUCUGCAGAGACCGAGAUGAACCUGUGUCCCGCUGACAGUGAAGCUCAGACAGCUAGUUCCUUAUGUAAAAAAGACACUUUAUGCCCAACACCAAAUGCUGACCGCAGCAUGGACACACAUCCUGAGCAUUACACUAUUAACACUGCUAAAGCAAAGGAAAAGGACAAAGCUGUAGAUCCAAAACAUAUCAAUCCACCCUCGACCACAGAUGCACUUUAUGAUCUUAAAACUGAGCCAGCAGAGGGGGAUAGUUUCACAUCACAUGGCUCCAACUCCUGUUCUGGACACAACUGCAACUUAGAAAAAAGGAGCAGUGAGGAAAAUCUGCCCCCUCCUCUGUUGCAAAUGAAUGCAGUGGAUAUGCCACAACUCACUCCAGAGCUUGCAGAAAAGGUUGAAAUCUGUCCUUUGCCACCUGUACUGACCCAGGAGAUGCCCUCCCUCACCCCAGCUGAUGUCAGGUUAACUGAUGCCCCAAAGUCUACACUGAGCAGUUUUCAGGUUGCACCUGUGCUACAACGGGAGACAACAACUGGCUCUUUGUCCUCACAUGGAGCCAGACAGGAAGAAUUAAUGAUAUCGAAUGAGUCUCCUACUGGAAAAUAUGCCAAGAACUGGCAUUUAGAUUAUCCAUAUAAUUGCAAAGUGGCAGCAGUGUCUGAUUUGGAGGGGAACAAAAUAACACCUGGUGGUGCACAUGAAAUGCUACUAAUGGCAGACAUUACAGCAGAAAAGGGUCGUUUAAAGUUGGAAAAUGUUACUCCUGAUCAGAGUGAUGCUACUUCUGACCAGCUACUUGUGAGUGUUAUACCUCAAAAAGAGCAGAAAUCCAUCUUUGUGAGUAAAGGUGACUCUAAAGUCCCAGCUCAAAGAUACAGCACAUCCAGUCUGAGCAAGGCUAGUUCUCUUUUAACUGGGGCAUCAAACAAUAAUCCUUUAGACCCAUCACCUUUAUUAUGCACUCAGGGUGACAGCCACUCAGAUUUAGAACUAAACAAUCAGACUACAUUUUUGCCUUCACAUUGUACUUCCCAUAACCCAUACAUUGAGCCCAAGCCAUUCUCCAGCAGCAUAUGGAAAAACUUAAACUCCCAGAGUCCUGCAGUACUCAUCCAGAGUCUGCAUUCAGAGCUUCCCUCCAACUUCACCCAUGACCCACUACCUUACACCAUGUGGACUGAACCUCAGUGCAAAGAAGUCACAGACCUGGAGGACCCAGACCAGGAGUCAGAGAACCAGGAAGAGGACAGUGGGCCUCUCACCUGGGCUCAGCUCGAGCCCACCUCUCUAGUGUCAGUUGGUGCCUCAGAGCCCCUGGGGAUUUGUGGGGAUUAUGAGCUCCAGAGAGGGGAUGUGGAUGGAGCUGAUGCCCUCUCCCUGUGCAGGGAGCUGGGGAGACAGAGGGAGGCAGAGGGGAGUCACUAUUCAGACGCUGUUUUAUCUCUUGAGAUGAGAGGAGGGGAACAGGACACGGUAUCUGAUAUGGAUGAAGGGGGAUCUGAUGGCGAAGAUGAGUUGCAGCAGCAAAAUAGUGCCAAGGGAGAGAGCAGCAGUGACUCAUCUGAUGAGGAAGAAGGAGGAGAACAUUAUACAGUUAACUAUGACUGUGAUGAAUCAGGCCUGGAACCUGGGGAGGUUUGUGCUUACCCUGCCCUGACGAUGAAGAGAAGUGCAAAGAGCUGGCGCCACCCACUCAGGAAGCCAACUGCACGGGCUGUACCCACUGCUGUCAAACAACAGGGCACCAGUGAUGAUGAGCCCCCUGAGGCAAGCCUGGCAGAGGAGGAGGAGCAGGAAAUGGAGGUGUGGGCAAAGCCGCUCAUCUACCUGUGGCAGAACAAGAAGAGCUGCUUCACAGCAGAGAGGGAAUACAAUGCACAUGCAGCCACUAUGCAGCCAUACUGUGCUAUAUGUACACUCUUCUUGCCCUAUUAUCAGCCUGAAGACAAAGCAGAGGAUAAAAACUCUGCCACAUCUUUGGACACUUCCAUGACCUUUUCUCCAGUGGAGGGCCCCACGCAGCCCUGCACAAGUCUGAGGAGGACCAAGCCCCUCAUCCCAGAGAUCUGCUUUUCUUUCCGGGAGCAUAACUGCCCCCCAACUCCCACCAACCCUCUGCUGCAGGAAGAUGGUACCUCCCCACUGCUCAACUGUCAGGGCUGUUGUCUACAAGUACAUGCAAGUUGCUAUGGUGUUGCUGAAGAUGACAUCAGUGAGCAGUGGUCAUGUGAUCGCUGUACGGACGGAAGCUUUACAGCAGAAUGCUGUCUCUGUAACCUCAGAGGUGGAGCGCUCAAGAAAACCCAAAACGACAAAUGGGCCCAUGUGAUGUGUGCAAUUGCACUGCCGGAGGCCAGGUUCAGUGAUGAAGCCAAGAGAAGUCCCAUUGACACCAGUAGAAUCCCCAUGCAACGAUUUAAACUGAAGUGCAUCUAUUGUCGUAAACGCUGUGCGGGCAAGCGACAGGCAGGUGCCUGUAUCCAGUGCUCAUGUGGGCGGUGUCCCACCUCCUUCCAUGUGACCUGUGCUCAUGCUGCUGGUGUCGUCAUGGAGCCUGAUGACUGGCCAUAUGUUGUGUCAGUCACCUGCCACAGACACCAAUCACGGAGUUCGUUAGCUAAGCAGCGCGCAUGCCAGUCGUCCAUCUCACUGGGUCAGACGGUGAUCUCCAAACACAAGAACCUGCGCUAUUACACGUCCAAGGUCACAGAGGUCACCUCCCAGAUGUUUUACGAGGUCAUGUUUGAUGACGGCUCCUUCUCCAACGACACCUACCCCGAGGAUAUAGUGAGCAGAGAUUGUGUGAACCUGGGACCUCCUGAAGUGGGAGAAGCUGUACAAGUGAAAUGGCCCGAUGGACUCUUCUACGGUGCCAAAUACCUGGGAUCCAACAUUUCCUACAUGUACCAGGUGGAAUUUGAGGAUGGGUCUCAGGUGCUGGCAAAGAGAGAAGAUGUCUAUACUUUAGAUGAAGACCUUCCUAAAAAGGUGAAACGUAGACUUUCCACGGCGUCAAGCAUGCGUUUCCAGGACACCUUCUUUACGACUCAGGGGGAGAGGAAACGACAGAGAACACCCAACUCACGCUUCCAGAAAGACUAUGUGGCCCUGCCGGGCCUUCGUACAACUGCCAAAAGCACAUGGGAGCAACACAGCUAUAAAGGGAAAUGAUGACAUAAACUAAGAUCAGUGACAAAUGAAUGCACUGAAAUGACAGUGGAUUUACGGGGGGCGGGGGGUUGUUUGUGAGUUUGUGUGAGCAUAAUAUUGGGUCUACUUCCAUCUUUUAAAGUCCCUGUAAAGUGAUGAGGAUAUCUCUUCUGACUCUGUCAUCCCUAAGACAAAAUGUGAUACGAACCAUCUUGCCAAAAGUGUUAAAAAAAAAAUUAGCCGUCAAAUCAUGUAAAGUUCAGCAACGACGCUGGCGAGGUGUGUCCACUGGAGGAGCUGAACACAUACUGGUCUACUCUCUUAAAUGAGGACCAAACGUCAAUCAGUUUUUUGUACAUAACUAAUGUCAAUGCACUGUUAUUAAACAUCCUGUUCAACAAAUGUGUAGAGAUGCGACUUUCUCUUGCUUUGGUCGCAUCUAAAACGCGUGUGAGUCGGCGUCCACGCUGUGGGAGUUCCGUCCUCUCCUAACGCACUGCCACACACACACACGCACACAGAUUCUGGUUUACUCAUUCAAAUGAGGACCAAUGUUGCUGUUUGUGUAUGUACAGAAUGUUAAUGUAAAUGCUGCCUGUUGAAGCGCCAUUUACAUUUUAGAGGCAGUUUAACGACACGUUCCACAAACAGAGCUGGAUUAGUCCUCUCCUCCCUCCCUCCCUCCCUCCCUCUCUCCAUCAGCAGCACCUGCAGCCUCCCAGCAGGAGUCUGCUCUUCAUUCUGUUCUUCUUCUCUACUUCAUUUCCUCAUCUUAAGGGAUUUUGAAUAAAGUGUCAGAGCUUUUCUGCGUGUUUUUGCAUCGAGGUAAGACACAUUUUUCAAGACAAAGACAUCUCAGCUAGCAAACCAAAGGCAGUAGUGUGGGAGCAGGUGAACGGUAAUCCACUGAUAGUCCCGCUAAUUAUGGCUGCAGUGCAUCAUGGGGCCAUAAUUAAAAUAAAAUUUAAAAAAAAUCCUUAACAGAAGACUGGAGAGGAACAGUUUUUAUUCUUUACUCAACAGCUGUAUCUUUUAUCAUGUUUUCAACCACUAUCUUCUUACAUAUACUGAAGUGUAAGAGGUGAAUCUCUAUCUUUGCUUUACAGGGACUUUAAAAUAUUUCCCACAUAAUAAAAAUGUAAAAUACGCAUCAUUGAUUGGUGGAUGGAUUCCGAGAGAGGCUGGGGAAGGUUUCUGAUUGGACAGCUGGACUCUUCUAAAAAAACAAAACAAAACAAAACGGGCUAAUAGAAGGCAUUGUUGCUCAGUGCUUUCACAUCUGUCAGGGAAAAUAAAUGUGGCUUUCAAUUGUCACGUCACCCUUUUUCAAACAAAACCUUUUUUUCUUUGUACAGGAAAAAUUCAAAAGUGAGAUUUUUCUAAAUUGCUUGCCUAUGGUAGCUUUUUAGGGGUCUGUUAUUUCCAGUUUUGUUUUUGAAUAUUUAUGCACUUUGCUUGUAGUUAUUUUCCUAAUGUCUUAACGUUUUUCCCCCCGCAUGGUUAAACAUCGUCUCCUAACUGCUUCUGCUGGGCCCGGACUAGUUACACCUCAAUGGCUUCCUAUAUGAGCUGUCCAAUUUGACAUUGAAAUUAAUAAUUAAAAUAAAGACAAAAAAAAGAGAAUUGAUCAGUCACUUUGUAAGGUAAAAAGACUGAGACAGGAAGCCAUGACUGUGUGUUGGAUUCUGUGUCCUACUAAUGUGAAAUGCUACUGUUGCUCUGUUGAAUCAAACAUGUUGUUGAAAUAAUUUAAAUUUGUAUUUAUUUUUUUGGCUUGCUACAGUAAAACUAUUGCUAACUGCUGUAAGGAAAACAAUAAACAUUACAUUUGUUUUUUUUAA